AUGGUUACAUUUUCUAAGCAGCUGGGGGACAGAUUUUCGGUGCAGUUCGUGGACACGUUUAGGUUCAUGUCGUGCGGGCUGGCCUCCCUCGCACAAAACCUACCUGCAUCGCAGUUCACUAACACGAUGGCAUUCUUCGAGCCCCAAUGUGCACAGCUCGUAAUGAGAAAAGGCGUCUUCCCAUACGAUCAUGUUGAUACGUGGGAGCGUCUUGAUGAGCGGCAACUGCCUCCCCAGGACUGCUUCUUUAAUAUUCUUACCGACUCUGACAUUAGUGAUGCUGAUUACGACCACGCCAAGACUGUCUGGGACACAUUCAAGUGCUCUACUUUAGGUGAGUAUAGUGAUGUGUACCUCAAGUCUGACGUCCUGAUCCUGUGCGACGUAUUUGAAAACUUCCGCACACUUUGCCUUUCUACGUAUGGCCUGGACUGUGCGCACUACAUCAGCGCCCCCGGAUUCUCGUUCGAUGCUAUGCUGAAGUACACUAAGGUGCAGCUUGAACUUCUUACAGACUACGACAAGUAUCUGUUUGUCGAGUCGGGAAUCCGGGGAGGUGUGGCGCAGUGCAUGAAGAGACACUGCGUGGCCAAUAACACCUAUGUGCCAGAAACCUACGAUGCGAGCAAACCAAUAACACACCUUCAGUAUCUUGAUGCCAACAACCUCUAUGGGUGGGCCAUGUCUUGCCCUCUGCCGCACAAUCAGUUUCAAUGGGUCGCCGACACAACCAUCGACUUUUCUGAUGUACCUGAUGACGGCCCCAUCGGUUACAUUGUGGAGUGCGACAUCGAGUACCCAGCAGCGUUUCAUUCGUCCCACCGCGACUUGCCCUUCCUUCCUGUGAGACAAUGCCCUUCAAAUACAUCUCAACCGAAACUCCUCACCACCCUUACCGACAAGUCCCACUAUGUUGUUCACCAUGUAAACCUCAAACAGGUCCUUUCCCACGGACUCCGCAUAACCAAGGUGCAUAGAGUCCUACAGUUCCAGCAGUCACCUUGGCUGAAACCAUAUAUUGACCUGAACACCAUCAAACGCCAGGCAGCACAGAAUGACUUUGAGCGGGACUUUUUCAAGCUGUGUAACAACUCUUGCUUCGGGAAACUUAUGGAGAAUCUUCGCAAGCGACAGAAGAUGGAGCUGGUGUGCAGUGAUGAGCGUCUGCGGAAACUUGUUGCACGUCCCACAUUCAAGGAUCGUACAGUUUACGACGACAGUCUGGUGUUGGUUCGUCUAUCUAAAGAUGAAAUUUUAUUCAACAAACCGAUAUAUGCAGGUUUCGCAGUUCUCGAUCUGUCGAAGAGUCUAAUGUACGACUUUCACUAUGGUACCAUGAAGCCCAAGUACCAGGAUGACAUUGAAUUGGCUUACAUGGAUACUGAUAGCUUCAUAUAUCACAUCCGGACAGUUAAUUUUUACCAGGAUCUCCAGAACGACCCCCAUCUUCUGCAGAAGUUCAACAUGAGUGGCUACCCCCCUGGUCAUGCACUACACUCGACUGCCAAUGCUAAGGUUGUUGGCAAGUUUAAAGAUGAGUGUAGUGGGAGGUCCAUGGCCGAGUUUGUUGGGCUACGUGCCAAGCUGUACGCUUUACGGUGUGCGGGGGUAGUUACUAAGAGAGCGAAGGGAAUCCAGAAGUGUGUUGUCAAGAAGACCAUCACCUUUGACGACUAUCUGAGGGCUCUUCGGCAGGAAGCGAGGCUGCGUGUCCAGACUGUCAGCGAUGCCGGCGCCUCCUAUCGCACCGCGCCCCGGCGGCACUCUCAAACUACCGGAGUUCGGAGGGCAGGAGCAUGA